CGACCGGUCAGUUGAGGAACUUCUGCCAUAUCAUCAAACUUUUUUCCACUUUUUCGUAGCAGAUUUAUUACUAAAGGAUAAAAACUCAGUUCGUUUGGGAACCAAGCUAGUUUAAGAUGAAUGCUGCUCCGUUUACAGUAGAAAUGAUCUUUGUGUUCCUUCUGACCCUAUGUCUUCUUCACCAGUAUGGAAACUGGCGAAAGCAACAUUGGCUUGUCACAACCGCAGUUUUUGUUUCUUGGUAUUUCUCGUUUCUGAUCGUCUUUAUCCUUCCUUUAGACGUAUCAGGGACAUUUUAUAGGAAAUGUUUGUAUGAAGCCAAAUCAAACAUCAAUAAUCUGAAGGGAGAUCUUGGUUCAAACCCGUCAACAAAUGGCUCCAUUAAGAACUCCAACAAGACGAGUCCGUCAAGUAACUGUGAGGAGCCAUGGAGUUAUUUACCAGAACACGUCCUUCCUGAUCUUUGGCGGGUUGUAUAUUGGUCUUCCCAGAUACUUUCAUGGCUUAUCCUACCCAUAAUGCAGUCAUACUCCUACGCUGGAGAUUUCACUGUACGUGGGAAAAUCAAAACUGCGCUGUAUGAGAAUGCAUUGUGGUAUGGCAGUUAUUUGAUCAUUUUUGGUAUCCUUCUGGUGUAUGUCAUCGUGAAACCUGAUAUUCAUUUAGAUGGAGCAAAUCUCAAAAUUCUUGGCAUCACUGCAUCUAACACUUGGGGGCUGCUUCUGCUUGUGUUUCUGAUGGGUUAUGGAUUGGUUGAAGUGCCACGCACCACAUGGAAUACUGCCAGGCUGGAGUUACAGAUGGCUCAUGCAUAUUUCAAGAUCUCGAAGCUGAGUGUUGAGAAAGAAGAGGCUGAUGAACAGUUUUCAGAAGUCGUAGAGGAAGUACAUCGGGCAUCUGAAGCCAUACGUUACAGGCACCCACUUAGAAAGUACCUUGAAGUUAUUAUUAAGAAGUUCCCAGAGGAGUCAGGCUUCAACAGAGGGACUGAUGACUAUGUUGAUUAUGAGGACUAUCUUAAGGAGACUGGAAGUAAAAUCACCGAGACACACACUGAGAAAAGCUUGGUAAAACUUCACAAGAGGGGAAUAAUUGUCACUCACACUUCAAGACGCACACAUUGUCAGUGGAACAUGCAGCUUGAAAAGGUGUUUGAGCUGGAAGAUUUAUCCCGGAAUGCUGGUAGCAGUGAUAGACAUUACAAAUCAUCUCUAAAAGGGCCCUCCACAGGAAUUAGGCCAGUUCUGGAGUGGUAUUGGCGUGUUUGGUUAUGUCCAUGGUUACUGCGCAUCACAGCAAUUCUUCUGUUCUUGUUGUCUGUGACUCUGGUGUGGUCAGAGGUGACAUUCUUCAAUGUCCAACCAGUUUUGUCAAUAUUUGCACAGAUGAUACGCAGUGCUAGUAAAGGAUAUUAUUAUUUCUACGUAGAGGUUAUAUCGUGUAUAAUCAUUUCAUACAUGUGUGUUUGUGUGUACUACACUGUAUUCAGAAUGAGGUUCUUCAACUAUUACUACUUUGCACCAAAGCAUCAGACAGAUCCAAACAGCUUGCUCUUUAGUGGAUUACUCCUCUGCCGGCUGACUUAUGCUUUAUGUCUUAACUUUCUUGCUGUUAUUCAUCUUGAUGGCCAUGUGACUAGGGAAGCAGAACCAGUGGAAACUUCCUUUACUAUAUUCAUGGGUCACAUGGAUGUGUUGUCAUUAAUUUCCAAAGGAGUCAACAUGUACUACCCAAUGUGUGUUGUGUUGGUGUGUCUGACUACAUACUUUAGCCUGGGUACCAGAUGUCUGAACUGUCUUGGUUUCCAAACUUUUAUCAUUGAAGAUGAUUUGUCAGCAGAGUAUGUCAGUGAAGGAAAGGAUAUAGCACGAAGAGAGAGAAGAAAGAGAGAAAUGCUGACAGAAGAUGGCAGUAGAAAGGAAACUUGGUCAGAGAGAGCUGAGUCAGCAAAGAGAAAACUAUCCACUCGUAAAUCGGAUCGCGAAGGCGGAAGACUCUCAAACAGGGACCUUGCCAAUUCCAGUACAAACUUAACCGCAUCGGAUGGAAAGUAUGCAAGGUAUUCAAGGUUUGACCCUGAAAGUGAUCGUGUAGAAUUGCUGUCAACUGCAGACUAUGAUAUCAACAGUUCAGAAUCCAGUUAUGGAGGUGCCUCAAGUUAUGGAAUUUCCUCCUCUAGUCGAGCACCAAAGAAUAUCUUUGAUGAUUUAUAAUGAAGAAGUUUUUAGACAUACUCUAUCUUGUCUUUGUGAACUUGAAAGUUGUGAAUGAGAGUGACAUUUUCCUCCCAGUUAUGCAAGAGUCGACUUCCAGAAAGUAAGCAUCAUCAGUAGAGUCAACAAAACAUUUUCCUUUUCUUGAGCUCUAUUAUUUCUUUAAUUAUUUGUGUUGAUGAAUUAUUCUUCUGGGAAAAGUUGUUCAAAGCAAGCUAAAUAUAUGUUCUGGGUCAGGGGUCUCACCUAAAACAAUACUUAUCAUGUUUUGAACAGCUUAGCCUUGACUUGAUUCAAAUUACACUUGUGGUUCAAUAAUUGAAACAAGAAUUAAUGAUAAGUUUUCAAUUACUGUUGACUUAAACUCUGAAGGGAAACAAAAAUUAGUUCAAGUUAUAGGGGUCCGAGUGUUGAAUUUCAAUGUGUUUUCCAUCAUUUGUAAUUUUUGUUUAUCAAAUUUGUGAUGUUAUAGCCUUAUCACAAGGAUUUAAGAGUUAAAAGAUCUUAACCAAUAUUUUUCCAAACUUGAAAAAUCAUAAUUCAGUUGUCUGGGGCAAAUGUAUUUCUGUCCCAAAGAAGUAACUUGUGUAGCUUAACUGACCAAUUAGAACAACUCCAUGCAAGUUUCAUUUCACUCCAAUUCUUGGGGAUGAGGUGCAUUUUGGGUUUUGUUUUCUCUAGCCCUGGGCCUGGUUGUUUGAAAUGAAGUCAGUGAUAAUCCCGAAUUAAAAGCUUAAUAACCUGUUGGUGAUUUCUCAUGAAAUAAGGGGCUUACAUUUUGAGGGAUAUUACCCAAGGGUACAACAAAACUGAAGGAAAAAUAUAAACAAUCAAAACUGUUUGGUGCAAAGCUACAAAAAUAAAUUAAAAAAACUCUUGGCUAACCUUCAGUGAGCUUAAGUGAGUUUUGAAGAAUGCAGCUCAAAUUGUAAGAGCUUGGCUUUUCAUACCAUUUUAGGGUAUUUAUUUAGUAAGAUAGAAAUAGUUGAAAAGCAGUUUCCUAAAAAGUCAUUGUAGUUUUAAUUCAACAUUAGAUGGAAGCAAACCAUUGCUAACUGGUAUCCAAUUUUUAAACUAGAACAUGGAUUACUUCUAACAACAAUCAAAGGUGCGUUGAUACUUGGGCUACUCUACCCUAACAAAAAUUUAUGGGCUAAUGUAUUUGUAACAUGACUUAUUGUAUUUAUUACUAAACCUUAGGAAGCAUUGAACAUUAAGAGACCUUGGAAUAAAAAUAAUUGAAAUGUUA